AUGUCGCUCUGGCUUCUCCUCGCCGGUCUUUUUGCCUCUGGCUAUAGCCAGUUGCAAGAGCCUCUGCAAUUGACCAGGAACAAGGUUAUCGACGAUGCCCUGUAUUCCUAUGUCCUAAGUGAAAUGCAAGCAGGGAAGGCCGCUGGAGUGUCUCUGGCCAUAGUCUGGGCAAACGGGGAGGUCGAAUAUGAAACCUGGGGCAAACGCGAUGAGCAUGAAGUACCAGUGACGACCGAUGUGCGUCCAGACAUCCCUCUCGUUCGUUCUGACCAGUCUCCACAGACGAUGUUCAAUCUUGGCUCGUGCUCUAAGGCGUUCCUGUCGGCUUCGCUGGGCAUUCUAAUGGACGAUUUCUCCAACGGGGAGAAUGCGACCUCCUUGCCCGACAGGGUCUCCGAGUUCAACUGGAACAGCAAGUUGAUCGACCUUCUGCCCGGCGAAUGGGCCCUCGAAGACGAGUGGGCGACCAAUAACACUGACUUGAAGGAUUUGCUCUCUCAUCGAACUGGGGUACCAGCACACGAUGGCUCGUACUCUCCAUACGAAUCUCCGAGCGACAUCGUUGCUAAAUUGCGCCAUUUGCGCAGUUCGGAUGAGUUGAGGCAGCGGUAUCAGUACAACAACAUGAUGUAUGUCACUGGCGCGCACAUUGUGUCCAAAUACUCGGGACUGGACUAUCGCGACUUUGUUGAAGAGCGCAUCUUCAAGCCACUGGGGAUGAAGUCGUCGACGUUGUACCCUGACCGGGCAGCAGAAACCGGUCGUUUGACUCAGGCGUGGACUCCCCUGGCUGGUGGCCGCCGCAUUCCGUUCUUCAUGCCUGAGCACAGUGCUCCCCUUAUUGCUGGUGCGGGUGGUGUCCAGUCUACAACGGAAGACAUGGCGGCAUAUGUAAGGACCCUUCUGAACCAAGGCGUGGAUCCGCGCACCAACAAGACCAUUAUUCCCAAAUCGACAUUUGACCUCGCCACCUCCGCCAUCACGGUUGCAGUCGAAACCGGCACCGAGUCUACCUCCAUUAUGGGCUAUGGACUCGGCUGGGGGCGUCUUUCAUAUCGUGGGCAUGACGUGGUAACCCACAACGGCGGCGCUCCUGGGGUUGCGACUCGUGUCGAGUUCUACCCGCAAGACGGAGUCGGCAUUGUUGUCCUGAUCAACACUGCAGUCCAAGACACCCUGCGCAAUAUUUCGCGAAAGGUUAUGGAUCGCGUGCUCGGACUCCCUCCCCGCAAAAACAAUCCGACUACAAAAGACCCUCCUCAUCCACCGAAAGCUGUAGAAGUUGCGAAACCCAUGCUCGGAUUCGAGGGGUCAUAUGCCAACCCCGGCUAUGGCAAUUUCACCCUCUGCAGUCCUAUUUUCUCGGGCAGCUCAGCAUGCAAAGCUGUAGUCCACGACUUCCUUACCGUCGACAUCCCCAGCGGGAAGUUUCCCCGCUGA